AUGAGUGGCACGACACAGACAAACUCCGGGAUAUCAAGAGUCCGGAGACUCCCUCCAAAUCCCCAAGUACCAACUUUGGCCUUAAACCACUCCAAUCAGCAACCAGGUAUCCUUUAUCUUCCCCCUAAUUACCUCCUCAGUACACUUCUUGAGGCAGAUGGAAAUUCCGGACAAUCAUCUGUGUUGGAAGCGGCUCAUAUCUUCCUCCGACCCGCGGAAGACACCAGCAUACUCGAAGCCUGCAUCUCUUCUAUUCCCACGUCUGUGUCCUACAAUCGUCGCUAUGGAGGUAUCCCACAUUCGAAUCUCGGCAGUCAGUUCGAUCUGGCUUUGCGUAUCGGCGACGUUCAACACGGCACGUACACAUCCCAUGUUCUUCCUAGUGGAUAUACUUGGGGUGUAGUUGAACUGCCCUAUGGAGAUACCAUCAGAGAUUGGGCAGAGUACGAGGAUGACGCUACUCUCAAAAGUACCCUCUUCAGCAUGGGUCGCAGAGAUGAAGGAGACCUUCAUGCCAGAAAUACGUUGGCGGAGCUUUUUGGUCCUGAAGGGGUUGAGGUAGAAUUCUGGCCGCUUCGACCAGAUGAGACGGAAGAAGAGGUAUUGAGUGGACUUGACCAGCGUCCUCAUAAGAAGCUGUUGAAUAUGUCUGGCGUGUUGGAGGUAACAGUGAAUCUGAUAAGUGGUUACGCAACCAGUGCUACUGAUGUUGAAGCUCAAUUGGAGGAUUCCCAUAUCUCUGGAGGAAGCUCGUAG